GUCAUUCGAUAAAGCAUAUUUUACAUUAGUCUUACAACGUUCUACAUUCAGGCCAAACCAGACGAUACAUUGGAUCUUUGUCGGCUACUCAAUGAUCAUAUAGCAAGCGUUGUCAUGGAGAAUCCCCAUCGUUUUGUUGGCAUGGCAACCUUACCACUUCAAGCUCCUCAACUAGCAGUAGAAGAGAUGAGGCGUUGUGUGACACAGUUAGGUAUGAGGUCGGUAAUGGUCGGGUCACAUGUUAAUGAUUGGAAUCUCGACAACAAAAGUCUGGACCCUGUUUACAAGACAGCAGAAGACUUAGACUGUUCGGUGUUUGUACAUCCUUGGGACAUGGAAGAAGGAGGAAGAAUGUCCAAGUACUGGCUGCCUUGGCUCGUGGGUAUGCCAGCAGAGACUACCACUGCUAUAUGCAGUAUGAUAUUCGGAGGAGUUUUUGAAAAGUUUCCUAAACUGAAGGUUUGCUUUGCUCAUGGUGCAGGGGCUUUUCCUUAUACAGUAGGUCGUAUCCAACAUGGCUUUCGGGUUCGACCUGAUUUGUGUGCCACUGACAAUGAUAAGCCACCAGUCAACUACUUGGGAAGAAUUUAUGCCGACUCUUUAGUACAUAGUAAUGAGGCUCUGAAGCUAAUCAUGAACGUUCUGGGAGAGGAUAAGGUGUUGCUAGGAAGCGACUACCCCUUUCCUCUUGGAGAACACCAUCCUGGAAAACUUAUUGAUGAAUUAACUGACCUGGAUCAACGGCAAAAGGAUUUACUGCUGGGUAAAAAUGCCCUGGAAUUCCUCGGUUUAGAUGUUACUACUUUUACGUAGAAAUCUUAUGUUUUCUAGCCGAACCUUAUGGUGAGGCUACUUACAUUCUUUGAGCUAAGAAUGAAAAUCAAUGGUCCAGUGUGCUGCUUUUGCAGGCCAAUGGAAAUUACAUUGUUAAAUCUUAUAAAAUCCAAAUCUACGUUCUUCUGGUGAUUUCUCUGGAUAUUCUGAACCAAGAAUUUAAAAAAAAAUGUCAAAGAUGUAGUAAAUUAUGAACCCCUCAUUAAUGUGAAUGAAUUUUUUUUUAGAAUUAUUCAAACUUUUGCAGCUCAAAUUUAACAUAAAGCUUCAGAAAUAAAAACAUUUCACGUGUUAUAAAAGUCUGCAUUUGUAAUUAUCUUGGAAUAAUAAAUGUAUAUUUUAAACUCUU